AUCAAAACAAGAGAGAAGCUGAAGAAUUCUGGAUUUAUUGAAGAUGAAUGUUUACUGUCUGCGAUUUGUCCCCGAGGAUUGGAGAGGCAUGCUGGAGACAAUUUGCAGCCUGGUGCAGCAGCAGGGGACAGUGAAUAGCAGUAUUGUGGGAGGUUUAUGGAGCUGGUAUAUUGCUCUCCUUUGGAGAGAAAGGUCUUGCAGGGUGUUCAACUCUUCUAGUAAAAGCAUUGAAGAAUUAAACCAGCAAUUGCAGGAAGAAAUUCAUUGUUGCAGCCUUGAAAAUAAAAAAUUGUAAUUUUCUUGUUUAUCUGAUAAACAAACU